GUUGAGAGCAUUAUCCUCUAAAAUCCGUGCUAUCCAUCUAGUAAUCCGUUGGCUUGGCGCCAAGCUAGCCAACGAUCACGAGCUCAAGCUGGUCGUCUCCUCUCCUCCGCCACCCGCUUCAGCCUCCGAAUCCCUCCAAAGCUGUCGCCACUCGCCAGCCCUGCCAUGGCGGCGCCCUCCCGCCACACACUUCACUGUCUCCUCCUAUCCUGUCUCUCGAACUACACUACCCUGCGUGUUCUCCUCAAUUCGCCACGGCCACGGCUUGUCCUCUCCACGAGCUGAGCUAGCCAACUAGCUGCCGGCGCCCGGCGAGGUGAUCGAUCGAGGUCGACCGACGAUGGCGAACGACGGCAAGUCCGGCGAGCAGAUCCUCCAGGAGCUCGACGCGCUCAGCCACACCAUGUACCAGGCGCACGGCAACCGCCGCCACGCCUCGCUCGCCCUCCCCCGAGGCGCCGCGGACGAUGCUAUCCAGCCCGAGGCGCCGCGCCCGCGCUCCCGCCGCCUGUCCAUGACUUCGCCAUUCCGGUCUCGGAGCAAGCUCAGCAAGAAAGACGAGGACGACGACGACGACGGCGACGACCUGCGUGCCGCGCCGUCCAAGAGCCAGAGCUUCGCCGCGGUGGGGCCCCCGGGCGCCAUUGGAGGCGAGAGCAACAAGAAGAAGGGGAUAUGGGGCUGGAAGCCGAUGCGCGCGCUGUCGCACAUCGGCAUGACCCGCCUCAGCAUCCUCUUCUCCGUGGAGGUGGCGGCGGCGCAGGGCCUCCCGUCGUCCAUGGACGGGCUCCGCCUCGCCGUGGCCGUGCGCAAGAAGGAGUCCCGCGACGGCGCCGUGCAGACCAUGCCGUCCCGCGUGCACCAGGGCGCCGCCGACUUCGAGGAGACGCUCUUCCUCCGCUGCCACGUCUACUGCAGCAGCGCCGGCUCGGGCAAGCCGAAACCGAAGGCGGCGGCUGCGAGGUUCGAGCCCCGGCCGUUCCUCCUCUCCGUGGUCGCCGUCGACGCGCCCGAGCUCGACCUCGGCCGGAGCGCCGUGGACCUGAGCCUCCUCGUGAAGGAGUCCACGGAGAAGAGCCAGCAAGGGGAGCGCAUCCGGCAGUGGGACAUGGCGUUCCCGCUCGCCGGCAAGGCCAAGGGCGGGGAGCUCGUCGUCAAGCUCGCGUUCCAGGUCAUGGAGGACGGCGGCGUCGGGCUGUACAGCCAGCCUGCGGAUACCAAGACCGGCUCGUCGUCGUCGUCGUUGUUUGCGCGGAAGCAGAGCAAGAAUUCGUUCAGCAUCACGAGCCCCAAGGUGACGCGGUCGGAGACGUCGCUGACGCCGGCGAAGGGGAGCUCGCAGUCCCCGGACUUGAGGGGCAUGGAUGACUUCAAGCUCGAUGAUUCCAGUCCAAUCGUGCCCGAUGUCAUUGCCAAGAAGGAGCCGCAGCGAGAGCCGGAGCCGGAGGAGAAAGCUGAUGACUCGGAGUUCCCAGAGUUCGACGUCGUGGACAAGGGCAUAGAAGGGGAAGAAGAGAAGGCCGAAGCCAAAGAAGAAGCCGGCGGCAAGGAAGAAGCCAAGGAAGCGGCGGCGGAGGAGGGUGAGAGUAAUCCACCGGCGGCCGGCGACGAGGUGGUCAAGGAAGUCGUGCACGACAGCGCGAGCAUGUGGCGCAUCAACGAGCUGGAGGCGAUCACCAACCAGAUCAAGGCGCUCGAGUCGAUGAUGCUCGGCGACGACGUGCCGGAGGAGGCCGACAAGGCAGAGGAGGACGAGGCGGCGGCUGGGCUGGACGCGGACGAGGAGGAGGUCACCAGAGAGUUUCUACAGCUGCUGGAGCAAGGAGGGGACGACAAGGCGGCCAAGUCGUCAUCGGCCGCUCCUCAGGUGUCGUCGCUCAAGUCCGGCGCAAAGCCGGGCGCCGCUGCUGAAGAGUCCUGCUACGUCUCCGACCUGGGCAAGGGGCUCGGCCCCGUCGUGCAGACGCGGGACGGCGGCUACCUGGCGGCGACGAACCCUUUCGACAUCCCGGUGGCGAGGAAGGAGCUCCCCAAGCUCGCCAUGCUGCUGUCCAUGCCCUUCAUCCUCCGCCCUGGCCAGAAGCUCCCCGGCGGCGGCGCCGAGGUGUUCCAGCGGCUGUGCGCCGGGGGGAUGGACGCCCUGUGCGCGAAGCUUGGCGCGCUAACCGCCGCCGCCGCGGCAGACGAGGUGGUGAUCGGCAAGACAGCGGAGCAGAUCGCCUUCGAGGGCAUGGCGUCGGCGAUCAUCAGCGCGCGGAGCAACAAGGAGCACGGCGCGACGGCGAGCGCGAGCUCCAGCGCCGCGCAGUCCGUGUCGCUGCUCCGGACGAUGUCGUCGGCCAUGAGCGAGGGGCGGAGGGAGCGGAUCGCCACGGGCAUCUGGAACGCCAGGGAGGCGCCGAUGGCUGUGGACGAGAUCCUGGCCUUCUCGCUGCAGAAGAUCGAGGCCAUGGCGAUCGAGGCUCUCAAGGUGCAGGCCGGCAUGGCCGACGAGCAGGCCCCCUUCGAGGUGUCCCCUGGCGACGACGUCGCCGGCCGGCACCCGCUGGACACCGCCGUGCCGCCGGAGGAAUGGGCGACCGCGUGCGCCGGCGCGGAUGCCGUGACCAUGCUGGUGGUGGCGCAGCUGAGGGACCCCUUGCGCCGGUACGAGGCGGUCGGCGCGCCGUCCGUCGUGGUCAUCCAGGCCGGGCGUGCCGGCGCCGGCGCGGAUGACGACGACGAGCCGAGGUUCAAGGUGUCGAACGUGCACGUCGGGGGACUGCGGCUGAAGUCGGCAGACCGGCGUAAUGUGUGGGAUGGCGAGCGGCAGCGGCUCACGGCCACGCACUGGCUCGUUGCCUAUGGGCUCGGCAAGGCCGGCAAGAAGGUGCGGUCGACGGCGGCGAAGGCCGCGCACGACGUGCUGUGGAGCAUGUCGUCGAGGGUGGUCGCCGACAUGUGGCUCAAGCCGAUGCGCAACCCGGACGUGAAGAUCCCGGCCAAGUAGUAGCUGCCGAGAGGAGACGAUGUUAUCAGCAGGAUUUGAAACGACGGUACCAACAGCGCCAGAGAUAUAUCCAGCCAAACAAGUAGCACCAAGCUGCUGUGCUGUCGAACAAUCCUCUUUCUUCUUUUGAAUGACUUUUUGAUAUAGGAAACCCACAGUAUGCUCAAACGUUGAGAACAUUAGCAUAGAAACUGUAUGAAGAGAAAGUGAGGGAUAAGAUACACCUGGACAUGUAACAACAACCAAGCCUUUUGUCCCAAGCAAGUUGGGAUAGGCAAGAUCUUACAUUUUGAAACUAAAAGAUGCAUUAAAUA